AUCUUGCAUUGUGCGUGUAGGCAGUUAGAAGAAGACUCGGUGCCGCUUCAGGACUCUCUCGGGUCUGUCGUAAGUCGGGCGUUAUCAUGUUUUUUCAUUAACGUCACAGUUAAUUAGCUUGUAAUUAGCGAUGCUGUGACUCGAUAACGAGAGGAGGGGCUGACAAACAUCAGCCACCGGCCGCUGCCCGAAACAAACCCGAGCAGUUGCAGGCAGAGGCAAACCCCGGAACUUGAGCCGAUAGGAAACGAGCUAACACUAGCUAGCUUUUUGUUGACAGUGUGGCUGCUGUCAAACCUGAGCCCACCUCACUCCAACUAACUGCCGCCCGCCAGUUAGCUGCCUCAACACUUGUGCCAGUGACGUUCAUUCAGCAGCUUUGACUAGACUUGUGUUUGGACCGAACUCCGGUUGAAGCUCCUGUCACUUUUUUGUUGUUGUUAAAAAACAACUUGUGGAUCUUGAAGAUGGCAUCAAGGGGAGGCUUCACGGGUCCGCCGAUGAAUCCGAAUGUGCACCACAUGAGUGUCGGGCAUUCUCCGGGCAUGAGGAUCCCAGGCAUGCCUCAGCCUCAGGGGGGAUACCCCCGCAGCAUGAGCAGCGCUCCCCAGUACCCACAGCGCUCGGGGAUGCCACCCAGCAGAGUGGGGGGCCCCAUGGGGUCAAUGGGGGGUCAGCUGCCGGGUCCCUCUUACGGUGGUGGGAACAUGUCCAUGCGGCCAGGCAUGGGGCCUCCAGGCAUGGACGCCUCAAGGAAGCGGUUCCUUCAUCAGCAUCAACAGCAGCAGCAAGAGGCGCUGGGAGGCCUCAGGCGAGGGGCAAAAAGACGCAAGAUGGCUGACAAGGUUCUCCCACAGAGGAUCCGGGACCUGGUCCCAGAGUCCCAGGCCUACAUGGAUCUCUUGGCCUUUGAGAGGAAGCUGGAUCAGACCAUCGCACGAAAGCGUAUGGAGAUCCAAGAAGCCAUCAAGAAGCCCAUUAUGCAAAAACGCAAGCUCAGGAUCUACAUUUCCAACACGUACACCCCCAGCAAGCCUGAGGGCGAGGAGGCGGAGAAGGUGUCCUCGUGGGAACUCCGAGUCGAGGGCAAACUUCUGGAGGAACCUGGCAAGCAAAAGAAGAAAUUCUCAUCUUUCUUCAAAAGCCUGGUGAUCGAGCUCGAUAAGGAGCUCUAUGGACCCGACAACCACUUAGUCGAGUGGCACAGAAUGCCCACCACUCAGGAGACCGACGGUUUCCAGGUCAAAAGGCCCGGCGACGUGAAUGUGAAAUGCACCCUUCUGCUAAUGCUCGAUCACCAGCCUCCUCAGUACAAACUGGACCCUCGCUUGGCUCGUCUGCUGGGCGUGCACACACAGACACGGGCCAGCAUCAUGCAAGCUCUUUGGCUUUACAUCAAGAACAACAAGUUGCAGGAUAGUCACGAGAAGGAGUACAUCAACUGCAACCGAUACUUCAGACAGAUCUUUGGCUGUCCUCGCAUGAGAUUCUCCGAGAUUCCCAUGAAACUGGCGGGCCUGCUGCAGCACCCUGACCCCAUCAUUAUCAAUCACAUGAUUAGUGUGGACCCCACCGAUCAGAAGAAGACAGCAUGCUAUGACAUCGAUGUGGAGGUGGAUGACCCACUGAAGAGCCAAAUGAACAGCUUCCUGUCCUCCACGACCAACCAACAGGAGAUUGCUGCGCUGGAGAUGAAGGUACGGCGCGUCGGCCAAUCAGAUGCCUGUACCUCUUUUCAUGUAUUGGUAACAAAAAGUGAAAAACUCUAUUGUUUGUGUUCACUGCAGAUUCAUGAGACGAUUGAGUACAUCAACCAGCUGAAGACUGAAAGAGACUUUAUGUUGAGCUUCAGUAAUAAUCCACAGGACUUCAUCCAGGACUGGCUUAAGUCUCAAAGCAGAGAUCUGAAGCUGAUGACAGAUGUGACAGGAAACCCCGAGGAGGAGAGGAGGGCCGAGUUCUACCAGGAGCCCUGGGUACCAGAGGCAGUGGGCAGAUAUGUUUACUCCAAGGUGCAGCAGAGAAGACAAGAGCUGGAGCAAGUGUUGGGCAUCCGACUCACCUAAAACAUUCCACAGCCAACUUAAGCUAACGUUGCAGCUUAAAUGUUCAAAAAAAAGCCAUCGACACCGACAUUGUAUGAUGAACCAGCUUCUAAGCGUGAUGCAUAUCUUUUUUCUGUCUCAUAGAUUAUAAUUCAAAAGAAAUCUACAAAGUAUAUGGGACCAAAGUGAUGAUUAAUGUGUCUAAUAAUAUGUUUGCCUUGUCAUUUUGAGCCUGUUCAAGUAAUCCUUGCCUUGUUUUUGCAAUAUUUUUUUUUUGUUUAUGGUACAAUAUGCUUAAAAGAUUUUAAGCAUUGGUGCUGUCGAGGUGUUCUUCACCGUCAUGUUUACCUUUGCAGUUGAAAGCCAUAAUCUUAUGCAACAGUACCUGAUGUCUGGUAAAAUCUCAAUAAAACAAGAACCAGGAGGCAUGGUGUAAGUAAUUUCAUGCCAACAUAUAUAUACAUAUCUAAACAUUUUACACCAGAAAACAUAUAUUUUUUAUUUCAAAAUACAGUGAGAAAGUAUGGGUUAUAUUCAACAAAAUGUUUGAAUUCUUGAGAUGUCUUAACCAAUGGAAGUUUUUUUUAUGCCAAGAAUGAUUUUACAAGUUCUUGUGUUGUUUGUUUCUAUAUUGGUGGAUUUGUCAUUUGAAAUGAAACCUUUCUGUACUACAUAAGAAUACAAGAUUGCCAGGAAAGCUAUACUAUGGGAAAAUAAUUAGCCUCUUUUUUGUACAAGGACAAGAGUCCAUGGUGUCCAGCAGCAAUGCAGCAGGUUUUUUUUUGUACUUCUUGAAUGUUUACAUGCUGUUUUCAUUUUUUUCUAAUGGGGCUUUUUCAUCGUUUUAAUGCCAGGAAAAGGAACUGUGCUGGGCUCUUUGAAGGGUCCGUACCUGGUAUUAUUGAAAUAGGAAUGCAGUUGUCUUGUUUCAUCUAAACAAAUGCAUCAAAUAGUUGUGUACAGUUUCUAGUUUUAUUGAAAUGCUGUUUUGUUAGGGGGUUUUGCGUGAGAUGAUCUGAAUUUCUUCUAAACAUUCCGUGUUAACAGGUGUCGCUGUGCCAAAACUUGUUUUGUGAUGAAGGCACUUAGAAUUUGAGAAACGUUCUGUGUACAAAUGUUUUUUGUAAAGCCUUUUUGUAAAAUGUUUGCAUGUUGUGUAUCAAUCAAAUGCCUUUAUCUUUUUUUUUAUACAUUUGGAGGAUUUUUUCUAAACAAUAAAUAUACUUCAGCCUAU